AUGUCGGGAUUUGACAGUAACCCUUUUGCAGACCCGGAGGCUGCUAAUCCAUUCGCGGAUCCAUCAGUGAGACAAGCAACCCAAGGCACCCAAGGCACUUUGGAUGAUUUCAACCCAUUUGCUGAUAAGAACAACACUCAGCCGGCUCCACCACCAUCUCGAUCAACCAUCCCAGCUCCACAACCAGCACAGCCUCCAGCAUCUCAGCCAGCCAUUAUGACACCAUCUGAGGAACCCCCACCGUAUUCAGCGGUUGGUGCUCAGAAGGUGGACACCAGUGACUUGCAGCGUAGACAAGAGGAAUUGGAAAGAAAAGCAGCUGAAUUGCAGCGGAAAGAACAAGAAAUGCGGGAUAUGCAGUUUAAAACUUCAAGACAAAACAAUUGGCCUCCUCUCCCAAAGUGGUUUCCAAUUGGUCCAUGUUUCUACCAAGAUUUCAGUGUUGACAUCCCACUUGAGUUCCAGAAAACUGUCAAAUUUGCAUAUUAUUUAUGGAUGUUUUAUGUGUUUGUAUUGUUCCUAAAUAUCCUGGGUAGUCUUGCAUAUCUGGUUGCUGCACCAAGUGAUGGAGGUUCUACUUUUGGACUUUCAUUAGUCUGGUUUUUUCUAUUCACCCCCUGUUCAUUUAUCUGUUGGUACCGACCCCUCUAUAAAGCAUUCAGGAGUGACAGUUCCUUCAAUUUCUUUGUAUUUUUUUUUGUUUUCUUCUUCCAAUUCUGCACAUGUGUGAUUAUGUGUUUGGGAGUGACAAACUUCACAGUUGGCAUCAUAGGAGGCAUUGGAACUGUCUCAAAAAAUAUGGCAGUUGGACUCAUCAUGAUAUUUAUUGGAAUAUUUUUUGCUCUAGUUUCUGUCAUUACUUUUGCACUUCUUGUCAAGAGCAGAAGAUUCUUUCUACUCUCCAUAUCCAUCCAAAAACUUUUAUUCAACCUAUGGCUUUCUUUUUCUAGUGGUUGGAUCAAUGCCCUUAUCACUUUGGGGACUAAUGUUGGCGCGGGGGCAUUUAUGAUCUUUGUUGCCCUCUUUCUCACCGCCUAUGCAGUAGUGAACAUCAUAGUCCUCAUUAAGGUACACCGAAUCUAUCGCAGUACUGGUGCCAGUUUCCAGAAAGCUCAGGCUGAGUUUGCUCAGGGUGUGAUGCGUAAUGAGACUGUGCAAAAUGCCGCUGCCAAUGCUGCUGCUGGGGCUGCCCGUGGAGCUGCCCAACAACAUUGUUUGUUUUUCUCUCUCUCUCUCUUUUUUUUUUUUUUUUUUUUUUUUUUCUUUCUCUCUCAAGGUGGAUGGCCAGUUUCAUUGGACAAAGACAUUAGUUCUUUUGACCAGGCUUGUUGUUAG